AGAUAUGUCUAUAGUCUUGGCUAUAUCUAUACAGGCUCAUUUCAGUUUUCAUACAAUGUAUAAUGUAAUUUUCAUCUAUAUUUUAUGAAAACUGAACUGGGCUAUUCUCACAAACUAAGACUACAAACUAGGCUUGUUAGUUCUGUGUAUGAUCUUGUGAGAACUGUACUAAUUGAUAAAUUCAGCAAUUUUUGAUUUAUGUGAUCUUCAAAAAAACUACAAAGGAAAAAGUUUUAAAUCUUGAAGUGUAAUACAUUCAUUGUCAAAAAAAUUUUAUCAUUUUUCUUUGUAAAGAUGAUAAUUGCUUCCAAUAUUAUGUAUAUUUUAAAAAGAUUUUAUUUUUAGUAAAAACAUUUUAACAAAUAAAUGGUUUACGAAUAAAAAUAAUUUCUGAAUUCAUAAAGGAGAGAAAGAUAAGUUGUUGGGGACAGAAAUUGAAUCAGCAUUUAGUUCUGAUGACGAUGAUGAUGAUGGUGAACAAAUGGAUGAUUCUGACUUGGAUCCUGUUUGGACACCUGCUGAUAAGGUAGAAUCUUCUAAACAGUUACAGAAUGAAGAAAUAUCUAAACGCAGAUCAUUUAGAGGAAGUAACAAUCGUACACCAGCAAAGACAAAAAGUACAAAUUCUCCUAGUUAUGAACCAAAACCAUCAUUAAAAGAGUUUACCUUAGACAGCAAAGAAACACCAGCACCAGUUACAGAAGUUAAGGUAACUUAUGAGAGAAAAAUAAAGUCUCCCACAUCCUUCAAGUUUACUCAGAGUACUCGUAUAAUUGAAGGCCAUUUUAAGCCUGGUAACUUUGUAUUAGCUAUAGCUGACAAGGAUAAAGAAAAUCCUCCAAUUUGGAGAAUAGAAGGCAAAUCAUUGCUUCAAAGAUUUGAACCUUUCAAUGCGGAUGGACGUAUACUCUAUCGAAAUGCUUCUUCGUAUUCAGCUUGGAAUUCUACAACCAUUUAUAAAUAUAUUGGUGUGAACGUGAUAUUAGUUACACAUAAUCGUGUUUCUUCAAUUGUCGAAAAGUUGGGUCCAAUUACUCCAGAAGAGCAAGAAGGAGAGAAGACAUCUCAGUCCUCUCAAGAUCAACAAUUAUGGAUCUGUACAUAUCCUGGAAAUAAUCAUUCAGAUCAAGGGAAUGGAAAUGAAGAUACAUCAGAAGAUUCAACAGCACAUCCUCAGCAAGAAAACUUUGAAGUUUAUCUUCAGACACUAAUCAGCCAAGUGCUAGAUCCAAAUUUCAUCACAGAAAUCACUAAAGAGAAUGAUGAAUACUUUUUGUCACACAUGAAAGAAAUUGAAGACAUGUCUGAAGAGAGAAAGAAAAAAAUAUUUCAAAAUAAUAAAUUUCCCGAUGAAAUAAAAACUGCAGUGGAAACAUUUCCAAGACUUGAAAUCUUACCAAAUAAUGAAAGUGAGGAUAACUGCCAGGUUUGCAAUGAAGUAAAAAGUCAGCACACCUUACAGUAUAGAGGCAUGCCCUAUGAUCCGUCAUCACUAGAGUCAAAAGAACUCUCAUCCGAAGAACAGUCUCUUUCGCUCAAAAAGAUACUGGUUUGUGGUCCAUGUGCUCAGGCAGCAGUUUUAUAUAGUCAUCUGCAUCAUCACAAAUAUAAUUUUUAUUUUAAGUGUAAAAAGAAGGUUCAAGAUGUAAAAAAUAGUAUGGAAAAUAAGGAAUCACACAUGCUUUUAGAAGAAUGCUUACAAGAUGCUGCAUGGGUAAACCAGAUGUUUCAAGAAAUAAAAGAUAUGUGGGCAAAGGGUGACAAGACAAGGUGACAACAAACGCAUGCUGGGAAUUUACGAUAGCCAUGGUGCAUGGUUAAAAUUGUGCACUACAUGAAUGUGGUAUAACAGCAAAUUGUGCAAUUUAGUUCAACUCCCCUUCUCUUUUAAAAUAAAUAGUCUACUCUACUAUUAAAUAAAUUUGAACUCCUCACAUGUGCAAUGUUUGUUUGUUUAGUUUUUAGAAUUUCUUAAAAAAAAAAAAAAAAAUCGUGUAUUAACUCGACAUUCCUAUUUUGUAUUAUUUUUAUUGCAGCUUUUUUUAUAUCAUGUGUAUAUAAUUAUAUUUUACAUAAGAUCACACUGCCAAUAUGUCAAUCCUCUCCAAGAAAUUAGGGAAAAAAAUUCUCGCACACUUAUAUUUCUUCUCGUAUUUUUAACCUACCUAAACUCUUGUUCGGAAAAUGUGUUAGCUUAUAUUUUCAGUUUUUAAUUGUUUGGAUGUAGUAAAGUGCCAAACUGUGACUUUAAAUUUAUAACUAAAUCUUAUUUCGUGCACACUUUCAUGUGUUGAAUGUUGUAUCAAAAAUGGCUGUCAUUGUACAAAGUAAUAUUAAAAGGUAGUUAAAGUUCUAAUUCUUUGAUUUUUUGUCAGAUAUGUAUUUUAUAAUAAAUAGACCAAU